AACGCCGUCAAAUCUGUGCCUGACUUCUUAGCCAGUGAGUGGGGCGGACUGAGUGAGUGACUUGACUGACCGAUUGAAGGCCGCAGGAUCAAAUCUGGUGAGGCCGACUGACCGCAUCGAGGCUCGAGACGACGUGGGGUAUCGUUACUCUUCGGCCAUGGCCGUGAAUUCAUCGGGAGGCCCGGAUUGGUUGGCCGUGCCGGGCAGCACGCCCACGCGGGGCAUGACGGCCACGUCGGGGGGGCCCGGCGGCCUCUCGCCCGGAUCCGCCUCGCGCUCCUUGAGUUUGCACAAUAAGUCGGGCCAGCCCUUGAUUCCGGUCCAGCGCUUAAUGGGAUUAGGCCCCGAGUUCAGUCAGGCCCAGACGCGGGCCCAAUGCCAGGCCUGGGCCCAAAAACUCGGCCUACCCAUCCAUUUUACCGAAUCCGUGGCCGAAAUCUCGGAUGAGGAGGGCUUAGCGUGGGUCUUGUCGGAUUUUCAAGGUCCGGCCUUUGAUCGUUUGACGGGCGAAGAGCGCACCUUGUUCGGCCUGACGGCCUUGGCCGAAAUGGCCGAAGUCGAGCGAGGCACACUCAUGAUGUCUAGCCGGCCUUUGUUCUGCUUGAGCAUGCGCGGCUUCGGCAUCUGUUUCAACGAAGGCUAUCGAUCCCGCGAAUGCAAGCGCGACUUGAAGCGCUUCAUCUUCUGGAUCCACUCCAUGGGGGGCCGGGUUCUGCCCGAUCUGGCUCAAAGCAAAGGCCAAGCCACCCAUUUGGUGGCCCGCGAUUGUCAGGGCGAAAAAUACACCUACGCCUCCACCUUCGACAUUCCCAUCAUGCAAGACACUUGGCUAGCGCAAGCCUGGGAGCGGCGACACACCCCCGGAUUCCGCGCCAAUGAACCCGAAUUUCAAGCCCGGUGGAAGGUCAAGCCCUUCCAUGGUGCCCGCAUCCACUUCCUGGGCUUCAGUCCCGAUGAACGGGCCCACAUGGUGGAGGAGUGCCAACGCAACGGAGGUCAAGAAUGUGCCGAUUACCAACAGCCCGGAUGUACCCAUAUCGUGGUCGAGGACAGUCACAUCACGGCCAUGCCGCCCCAGGUCCGUCCUGAGAUCCACGUGGUCAAAGUCGAGUGGUUCUGGGCGUCCAUCCAAAUGGAGGCUUGCGCCGAGGAGAACAUGCAUCUGUUUGCCGAUUAUCUCGGACAUUGCUUGAGUCCGCGCACCCCGUAUUUCUCGCCUAAUACCCCGGGAUCCCAUGGGCGUCGAAAAAAGCGCCGCACGGAGGCCGUGCGUCAACUGGCCCAAGGGGACGUGGGCCUACCUUCGGUGGUGCCUUCCACCAACAAGAAGGCCCGGUCCUCCUUGAGUGAAUUGGUGUCGCAUAGCGGGUCGUUCCUGGACACGCCCGAAAAGGGCCGAUCUGAGUCCACCCCGCAAUUCGAGCACGCCCACACGCCCGCCAAGGCUAACGGCGUGGUCAAGAGUCCACGCUCGCCCGUGAAACCCGAGGUUGUGCCCCUCUCGUCCAUGACCGCGAGACAAAUGGUCUUCUCCGAGUUGGUUCAGACCGAAGAGAAUUACGUGUCCAUUCUCAAGACCAUUGUGAGUGUGUUCAAAGAGCCCCUGGAGGACCCCAAGAUGGAAUUGUUGAACCCCACGCAAAUGAAAAUCAUCUUUGGCAAUGUCCCGCCCAUUCUGGAGGUGCACUCCGCCAUGCUCGCGGAAUUGCGAGCCAUGCUUUGGGAUUGGCGAGAGCAUCACUGCAUCGGUCGGGUGUUUCUCAAGUAUGCAGAUGACCUCAUGCGUGCCUAUCCGUCGUUCGUGAACUUCUUCGAGAACUCCAAACAGACGCUGGAGGAGUGUGAUCGGACGAAUAUGCGCUUUCACGCCUUCUUAAAAGUGUGUCUGGGGAGACCCGAAUGCGGUCGACAGACCUUGGCCGAGCUCAUGAUCCGCCCCGUUCAACGACUCGGCAGUGUCACCCUCCUUCUGAAUGAUCUGUUGAAACACACCAAGAAGGACAAAGAUCAUCCUGACAGUCCUUUGCUUGAAGAGGCACUCGUCAAGAUCAAAGAGGUUCUGACGAAUAUUAACGAGGACAAGCGCAAAACAGAGGGACAAGUGCAUAUUUUUGAAAUAUUUAGCGAUAUCGAAAACUGUCCACCCCAAAUCAUCUCAUCGAAUCGACAGUUCCUGUGCAAAGUCGAUGUAGUGGAACUGGGUGGAUCCGAUGAAUUGUGUGGCAAAGGCACCGACAUGACCCUGUUCCUUUUCACGGAUGUCCUUGAGAUGAGCAAACGACGUCGCAAUCAAGGCCGAACAGGAUUAGGGGUCAAGAGUCCCAGCACAAUGAGCCUUCGAAAUUCUGGCCUCGUCACGACGGCCGGACCUCCGCUUACUUCCUCGCGACCUCAUAAACACAUUCACCUGAUGAACUUGAACGCCAUUCGAAGAGUGGUUGAUUUAGUAGAUGGGGACGAGUGCACCGACUGCUUCACCUUGGUUUGUCGAAGUAACGAGGAACUGAAGGAGCGCAUGUACGUGUUUCAAAUAGUCUCAGACGACAUGAGAAAGACCGAUUUUCUCAAGGUCUUAUGUCGCAACGUGGCCAAUACCAUGUACCGUCCAGACCCUGAUACUUACUUGGUCAAAAUGCGCUCGUGUGACCUCGAGCUGACAACCUCUGACCUGAACGUGAACAAGACCUACAAGAGCUUGAAUCGGGUAAAGAAGGCGCUCAGUAUACACCGCACGCCCAACAAUCGUAUGACCCGCGCAGUCUCCAGUAUGAUCUCCCCACUUAUGACCUCUUCUUUGCCGCGAGGGAGCUUGCUUCUGGGCAACUCUGGUGGGCGCAAUCGUCUCACCUCCACGCCCUCCGGUGAUCUCAAGAAUCUCAGGCUACAGUCAUGCUCAGAUCUCUUGUCAGCCGAUAGCCCGCGCUCAGCCCGAGCCAGUGGGCGCGCUAUGCCACCCCCGCCAAGCAUGGAUGUAGAGGAGAGUCCGCGUGGCUCCAAAUUGGGUGGCGCAUUUGCGAUGCCGCGUACGCCAACCAUGAAUGUGAAGCGCCGGGCUUCCUUCAAAUUCCUUUCCAAUUCUCUGGGGAAACGCUUCUAGAGUAGCCUUAGAUGAUGAAUGAGCGGGUCGGUGUUGUAGGUUGGAAAAUAUAUAAGCUCUUAACAUACGGAUAUAUAGUGAUGGCGGCAACGUUGAAGAGGGAAAUUCUGUUGUACAAUAUAGAUUCUAUGAAACCGCACUAAAAGCCAAGAUUCUCACGCUACCGUAUACCUUCUCUUCCCCAUCUCGAACCUAACACUAGCGUCACACGAUGAACGAGCAUCUUUUGCUUUAUUUGACAUGUGCACAUAUGUUCGCUUUUCUUGCUGCAUUUCUCCGAGGGAUUCAUGGUAACCAAAUAAGUCUGCAAAAAAAAUCGCUUUAUUGUUCCGUCAUUUCAAAUACGAGUUACAAUGGUAAUAACCUAAACGUAUAACAACAAAAGUAAUAAUGAUCAUCGUCAAAGUAAUCAUGUAACAACAGCUAUACUUGCGUAAUAAAAAAAUAAAUUAUGCGAUGGAAUGUUUCCCAGA